AUGAACCUCAGGAGAAAAACGUUAGACAGUAUAUAUGCUGCCACAAUGGCUAUGCAUUCGAACGGUACGGUCGAGUUGGUACGACGUCCCUCGUUGACUGUAGAACCACAAAGACUCCACUGUGCAGCAAUGAGGGAAACGAAGUCUCAGGGCAUCAAAGAAAGUGAGCACUCUUGGUAUAUUCAAGGCAACGAGGUCGCAAGAGAGGCAUCUAUCUUCGAAGGUGAAAUGAUCAAGCGAUACAACAUCACCAGGGGAUGUGAGGCCAAUCCUGUACGGACUACCGGUGAAGGGGCAGGAAGUGGAGAUGACUUCAUCGAUACAUCGGAACGAGAUGACUUGAUUUGUGUGUGGGCACGAGCAAAAGUGAGUUCCACAAUCCUUCGAUGACUCGAUGGUAUGAUAUCCAAAAUAGAGCUAAAUGAAAGGGCAGAGACAAGGCUGGGAGAACCAUAUCCAUGGAAUUCGGAUGGUGAUCUGA